AAUUGCUAUCAUAACAUUUUCAAACAUGUUCAAGUUCGUGAUUCUAUUGUCGGCAUUCGCCUGCGUACUGGGCGCAUCUGUACCUGAGGGUCUCGUCCCGCAAUUGGAUGGACGUAUUGUCGGUGGUGCUGCUACCACGAUCAGUUCCUUCCCAUGGCAAAUAUCCUUGCAGCGUUCGGGCUCUCAUUCUUGCGGUGGAUCGAUUUACAGCUCUAACAUCAUUGUAACCGCUGCUCACUGUUUGCAAAAGGUUACCGCUUCUGUGCUGAAGGUCCGCGCUGGUUCCACAACCUGGAACUCCGGCGGUGUAUUGAUACAGGUCUCCGCAUUCAAGAAUCACGAAUCCUACUCCUCCAGCGCCUCUACCAACGAUAUUGCCGUUAUCCGUUUGGCUUCUUCACUUUCGUUCAGUUCAUCCAUCAAAGCAAUCAGUUUGGCUAGCUCAGCACCUGCCAAUGGCGCCGCCGCUGCUGUGUCCGGCUGGGGUACUCUAACAUCCGGUGCGUCGUCAAUUCCCACCACAUUGCAGUAUGUCAAUGUGAAUAUUGUCAGUUUGUCUAAGUGCGCUUCGAAUUCCUAUGGCUAUGGUAGCCAAGUGAAAGGCGCCAUGAUCUGUGCUGCUGCCUCCGGCAAAGACGCUUGCCAGGGUGAUUCUGGUGGCCCAUUGGUAUCUGGUGGAGUGUUGGUUGGUGUUGUAUCCUGGGGUUACGGUUGUGCAUACGCCAACUAUCCAGGUGUGUACGCUGACGUGGCUGCUCUACGUUCGUGGGUGGUGCGCGCCGCUAGCUCACUUAUAAAUCUUAUUGAUAAAAUACUAAAAACGAAAUUCUCUGACAUAUCUAACUUCAGACCUCUGACGUGCAUAUUUUGGCAAUGUGCACAUCGCUCGCCAUUGGGAAACGCUAUAAAAGCUCUGGCACCUCAGAGAAUUGCUAUCAUAACAUUUUCAAACAUGUUCAAGUUCGUGAUUCUAUUGUCGGCAUUCGCCUGCGUACUGGGCGCAUCUGUACCUGAGGGUCUCGUCCCGCAAUUGGAUGGACGUAUUGUCGGUGGUGCUGCUACCACGAUCAGUUCCUUCCCAUGGCAAAUAUCCUUGCAGCGUUCGGGCUCUCAUUCUUGCGGUGGAUCGAUUUACAGCUCUAACAUCAUUGUAACCGCUGCUCACUGUUUGCAAAAGGUUACCGCUUCUGUGCUGAAGGUCCGCGCUGGUUCCACAACCUGGAACUCCGGCGGUGUAUUGAUACAGGUCUCCGCAUUCAAGAAUCACGAAUCCUACUCCUCCAGCGCCUCUACCAACGAUAUUGCCGUUAUCCGUUUGGCUUCUUCACUUUCGUUCAGUUCAUCCAUCAAAGCAAUCAGUUUGGCUAGCUCAGCACCUGCCAAUGGCGCCGCCGCUGCUGUGUCCGGCUGGGGUACUCUAACAUCCGGUGCGUCGUCAAUUCCCACCACAUUGCAGUAUGUCAAUGUGAAUAUUGUCAGUUUGUCUAGGUGCGCUUCGAAUUCCUAUGGCUAUGGUAGCCAAGUGAAAGGCGCCAUGAUCUGUGCUGCUGCCUCCGGCAAAGACGCUUGCCAGGGUGAUUCUGGUGGCCCAUUGGUAUCUGGUGGAGUGUUGGUUGGUGUUGUAUCCUGGGGUUACGGUUGUGCAUACGCCAACUAUCCAGGUGUGUACGCUGACGUGGCUGCUUUACGUUCGUGGGUGGUGCGCGCCGCAAGCUCAGUUUAAAUAUCAUAUUUAAAUAGCAUCAGUAAAAAUUUUGCAAGUGAAUAAAAUUUAAAAAUUUUCUAUCGAAA